AUGGCAGACCUCAAGCUGAGGACACCCGAAGAGGCUGUCGCCGCAAUCGCAUAUCUCGCGAGCGACGUGGUCGUUUCAGUGCAACCCUCGCUGGGCUCCGAUUCCGAGUUCUCGACCUCUCUCAAGCAGCUCGCGGCAAAAAAGACGCCCAGCUUGGUCGCAAAGACCAGCGAUGCGGUGCCCGAGGUCCAAUCCGUGAGGCACAACACCGACCCUCUCCUCUCCGUCUUUACCCCCAUCCGCUCCGGCCGCCUGGUUUCGGUGACGACGACAUCCUCCAUCCUGCUGCCCUCGAUUGCCCACCUCUACAAGCUCGCACACCUCCCAGUAGUGCUCCAUGUUGCCCUUGCGCCGAAGAGCUUCCCCGACUACUCGGCCAUCACAUCGAUCCGGAAUUCUGGGUGGACAUUCUUGCAGUCAUGGUCGCUGCAGGAAGCCCAUGAUAUUGCCCUGACGGCGCAUGCCCUGGCUAUCCGCUCCGGCAAGGGCGUCAUCCACUUCUUCGACCCCAGCUCCAGCGCUAGUAAUGAGCCCAUCGAUGUCGCUAGUGCCGAUGUCAUCCGCAAUGUCAUCAACUUGGAUAAUGUGCGGAGGUUCCAGUCUGCUCCUAUUGCUGGCUCCAACAUUUAUGCCGACGAUGGGCGAGUCGCUGUUGUCUCGGACCAGCCUGAGUCUCUGCCCGCAGGGACUGCUGCUGCUGUCAACAGCGUACCAGCAUCCGCGGCUGCUGAGCCCGGUUCCCCUACCAUUACUUCUCAGUCCUCUGUGAAGUCUAGCCAACAGAGCGCAGCCAGCUCACCACCUCUCCCAUCAGCCGCGACUACGAUCGAACCCGCACCCCCCAUCGUUUCGUCCGAAGAUAUCCACAACUACGUUACCUCUAUCUGGGCCCAGCUCAGCGAUCUUGUGGGGAGGCAAUACAGCACGUUCGAGUGGAGGGGGGCCCCCAAGGCUGAAACCUGCCUCUUCCUCUUCGGGUCAGAUGUGGCCUUGUUUUCGGACGCCAUCACUCAAGCGCAGACGGAUGACUCGUUCGCCAAUGCGGGCUUGAUCAUCCCGAGGCUAUACCGCCCCUGGCUGGGCGCGAAGCUGCUUGAAGUCAUCCCUAAAUCAGUGAAGAAGGUCGCCGUCCUUGAGCAGGUCUCGAGGAAGACGACAAAGUGGGGACCCGUUCUCAUCGACGUCCUGACGUCGGUCAAAAGCGCUGCCGGCGGUGUCGAGACCAUUGUAGGCCACCAGCUUGGGUACAUUUCCAAAGAAACGGUUCAGCAAGCACUCCGUGGCGUCUUCCAGAACCUCACUUCCGACAAGCCGGUGCAAAACUUGGAGGUUGGCGAGCGGGAAGCCCCCGAGCAGGCUCCCGAGUCUGGAUUGGAGAAGCCCACCCUCGAGACUGCCUACACCAAAAUCCUUACCCAACUGUUCGGCACCAGGACAUUCAUUGCCAACUCUCUCGAGUCCGACAAUGCCGGCAUCUCCAAUACCAUCUCGGCGACCCCCGAGUACGGCUUCGGAUCCCUGCUCGCCAGGAAAGAGAGGAGGAAGAAGUUUGUUGGCGAGGUCAAGAGCGCGGCUAGCUCGGGCCGGUUCCUGACCGAGAACCCCAAGCGGGCAUUGGCGAACUGGGUUGCCAACGCCGAUGAUGUGAAGAAGGCCGAGGAGGCUGCUGAAGACGCCGUUUCUAAGCUCACUCUCGACAACUCGACUCUGUCGAAGUCGCUGCUGGCCAACAAGCAUUUCCUCCGCAAGCAGUCGCUGUGGCUUGUCGGGUCUGACGCCUGGUCGUACGAUCUCGGUAACUCGGGCGUGCACCAUGUCCUGGCUUCCGGCGAGAACGUCAACCUCCUGAUCAUCGACUCCACCCCCUACUCGGAGCGUGCUGCCGCCGACGCCAACCGGAGAAAGAAGGACAUUGGUCUCUACGCCAUGAAUUUUGGCAAUGCCUACGUUGCGUCGACGGCUGUCUACAGCUCGUACACCCAGGUCCUCCAGGCCAUGGACGAGGCCGACAAGUUCAACGGCCCCUCGAUUGUCCUGGCGUACCUGCCAUACUUUGGCGAGCACGACUCUGCUCUGACGGUUCUCCAGGAGACGAAGAAGGCCGUCGAUAUUGGCUACUGGCCCCUGUACCGGUGGAACCCGGAGAACGAGAAGAAGGGUGAACCCAACUUCUCCCUGGAUUCCGAACGGAUCAAGAAGGAAUUGAAGGAGUUCCUGGACAGGGACAACCGCCUGACCCAGAUGAUGCGGAGUGACCCGCAAUUCGGCGGCGUCCUGUCAGAGGAUUUCGGAACCGAGAUCCGGGCGCAGCAGAAGAGGCAGGCCAAGGACGCGUACAACCAGCUGCUCGAGGGCUUGUUUGGCGCGCCACUCACCAUCCUGUUCGGUUCCGACAACGGCAACGCACAGUCUCUGGCGAAGCGGUUAGGUACCAGGGGCAGGGCCCGUGGCCUGAAGACCACCGUCAUGGCGAUGGAAGACUACCCCGUUGAGGACCUACCAACCGAGGAGAACAUCGUCAUCCUCACCUCAACAGCCGGUCAGGGUGAGUUCCCGCAAAACGGCAAGCCGUUCUGGGAUGCCAUCAAGGACAACACCGAGCUCGACCUGGCUUCGGUCAGAUUCUCCGUCUUCGCACUCGGUGACAGCCACUACUGGCCCCGCAAGGAGGACCGCGUGUACUACAACAAGCCCGGCAAGGACCUCGACCGGGUGCUGGCUAACUUUGGCGCGACAAGGCUGGCGGAUAUCGGGCUCGGUGACGACCAGGAUCCGGAUGGAUACCAAACGGGUUACCAGGAGUGGGAACCCAAGCUCUGGGAAGCUCUCGGCGUGGCCAAUGUCGAGGGCCUUCCGGAUGAGCCGCCCCCGAUCACCAAUGAGGACAUCAAGAUUGCGUCCAACUACCUUCGUGGCAACAUCGCGGAGGAACUGAAGGACACGUCGACGGGCGCCAUCAACGCCUCGAACCAGCAGCUGACCAAGUUCCACGGCACGUAUAUGCAGGACGACCGUGAUCUCCGUGACGAGCGCAAGGCUCAGGGCCUGGAACCCGCCUACUCGUUCAUGAUCCGGUGCAGACUGCCGGGUGGUGUGUCGACGGCUAAGCAAUGGAUCCAGAUGGACGACAUCAGCAAUGAGCUCGGCAACGAGACCAUGAAGCUGACCACUCGGCAAACGUUCCAGUUCCACGGCGUCGUCAAGGGCAAGCUCAAGCCUGCCAUGCAGGCCAUCAACCGGUCCCUGAUGACCACCAUCGCCGCCUGCGGCGACGUCAACCGCAACGUCAUGUGCAGCCCGCUUCCCUCACAGUCCAAGUACCACCGGGAGGUGUACGCCUGCUCCCAGAAGAUCAGCGACCACUUGCUACCCGCGACAACGGCGUACCACGAGAUUUGGCUCACGGACGACGACGACAAGAAGACGCAGGUUGCCGGUGAGGCGGUGCAGGACUUUGAGCCGCUCUACGGACCUACCUAUCUACCCCGCAAGUUCAAGAUCUCGAUCGCCAUCCCACCGCACAACGACGUCGACGUCUACGCGCACGACAUUGGCCUCAUCGCCAUCAAGGGCAGCGAUGGCAACCUCGAGGGGUUCAACCUGCUGGCCGGUGGUGGUAUGGGCGCUACGCACAACAACAAGAAGACCUACCCGCAAGUCGGCCGGACCCUCGGCUUUGUCAAGGCCGACGAGGUGCACAUUGCCUGCGAGAAGGUGAUGCUGGUGCAGCGCGACUUUGGCGACCGCAAGAACCGCAAGCACGCCAGGCUCAAGUACACCAUCGACGACAUGGGCGUCGAUGUGUUCCGCGGCAAGGUCGAGGAGCACUGGGGCAAACAGUUCCAGCCGGCACGGCCCUUCCAUUUCGACAGCAACGUCGACACGUUCGGGUGGACCAAGGACGAGCACGGCCUGAACCACUUCACCUUCUUCAUCGAGAACGGCCGGGUCGAGGACACGGCCGAGUUCCGUAUGAAGACGGGCCUGCGCGAGAUCGCCAAGGUGCACAAGGGCGAGUUCCGCCUCACGCCCAACCAGCACCUGAUCCUCAGCAACGUCGCCGACGAGGACGUGCCGGCUCUCAAGGCGCUCAUGGCCGAGUACAAGCUGGACAACCUGCAGUUCUCGGCGCUGCGCCUGAGCUCGUCGGCCUGCGUCGCCUUCCCGACCUGCGGCCUCGCCAUGGCCGAGUCGGAGCGCUACCUGCCCGUGCUGAUCUCCAAGCUGGAGGGCUGCCUGGAGGAGAACGGCCUGCGGCAGGACUCCAUCGUCAUGCGCAUGACGGGCUGCCCCAACGGGUGCGCCCGCCCCUGGCUGGCCGAGGUCGCCUUCGUCGGCAAGGCCUUUGGCGCCUACAACAUGUACCUCGGCGGCGGCUACCACGGCCAGCGCCUGAACAAGCUGUACCGCUCCAGCAUCAAGGAGGAUGAGAUCCUCGAGAUCAUGAAGCCCAUGCUCAAGCGGUACGCCCAGGAGCGCAACGAGGGCGAGCGUUUUGGUGAUUGGACUAUUCGUGCCGGUAUCAUCAAGGAGACGAAGGAGGGUCGGGACUUCCACGAGGGGGUUGCCGAAGAGGAAUCUGACGAGGAAUAA